AUGGCGACCUCCUCGAUUCCUUCGUGGAAAAAAUGCGAGAAAAACAUAGAUCUGCUUGUUUUAAAAGUAGUUGUUAAUACGGUAAAGAUAUUAAAAAGUAAUUGAAUUGGCGAUAAGGUUGACCUCAAGUCGUUGUAUUCGGGAAACAAGCCGGUGGCCAGCUUAUACACAGUCGCCAUGUCUAACAAGAAAGGGGGUGAGUCAGUAAAGGUGGUAGUGAGAUGCCGUCCAAUGAACCAGAAGGAAAUAGCUCAAGGACAUCAAAGGAUAAUUGAGAUGAAUGUGAAGAAAGGAACAAUUGAGAUCAACAAUCCAGCUAAAAAGGAAGAAGUGCCACGAAUGUUCACCUAUGAUUCCGUUUAUGACUGGAAUUCAAAACAGAUUGACCUCUAUGAUGAAACCUUCAGACAGUUAGUGGACUCUGUACUAGAAGGAUAUAAUGGUACAAUAUUUGCUUAUGGCCAGACUGGAACAGGGAAAACAUUCACCAUGGAAGGUGUACGAUCAGACCCAGUGUUGCGAGGAGUGAUUCCAAAUUCCUUUGAGCACAUCUUUACUCACAUAGCCAGAACACAGAAUCAACAAUACUUGGUCAGGGCUUCAUACCUUGAAAUUUACCAGGAAGAUAUCAGAGAUUUAUUAUCAAAAGAUCAAUCUAGAAGACUGGAGCUGAAGGAAAGACCAGAUACUGGGGUGUAUGUCAAGGAUCUUCAGUCAUUUGUAUGUAAAAGUGUAAAAGAGAUUGAACACGUGAUGAACGUGGGCAACCAAAAUAGAGCUGUGGGAGCAACCAACAUGAACGAACAUUCAUCCAGGUCCCACGCUAUCUUCAUCGUUACAAUUGAGUGCAGUGAGCCUGGUGCAGAUGGUGAAAACCACAUCCGAGUUGGUAAACUGAAUAUGGUGGAUCUCGCUGGCAGUGAGAGGCAGACGAAGACUGGGGCCACGGGUGAAAGACUCAAAGAGGCUACUAAAAUCAACUUGUCUCUCUCGGCUCUAGGCAAUGUGAUAUCUGCAUUAGUGGAUGGAAAAAGUACGCAUGUACCGUACAGAGAUUCCAAGUUAACAAGAUUACUGCAAGAUUCUCUCGGAGGAAACGCACGCACAGUAAUGGUUGCCAACAUAGGUCCGGCAAGCUAUAAUUUUGAGGAAACGAUCACAACACUCAGAUAUGCAAACAGGGCCAAGAACAUUAAAAACAAACCGAAGAUUAAUGAAGAUCCAAAGGAUGCCUUGUUGAGGGAAUUUCAAGAAGAGAUCUUAAGAUUAAAAAGAGAACUGGAAAAACGAGGUGGUGGGGGAGGGGGAUCAAAGAAAGUCAGAAGAAGAAGACUAAAAGAAAAUGGUGAAACUGAAGAAAUAGAGGAAGAAGGCGUGGAAGGGGGCGAGCAGAAUGGGGAAGAUAAAAUCAAGUUGGAGCAGGCCAGACUUGAAGAGGAUAAGAAAGCGCUGCAAGAAAAUCAUAGCAUGAUGGCAGAGGAAAAGGAAAAGCUUAUGGGUGAGAUCCAGAAGAAAGCUCAGCAGUUGAAAAAACAACAGGAGGCCCAGACAGGUCUAAAAUCAAAAAUAAAGAUGAUGGAGAGUAAAUUACUGGUCGGGGGAAAGAGCAUUGUCGAUAAAACCACGGAACAAGAGCGAGCGCUAGAGGAACAAAGAAUACAGAUCGCUGAACAACAGCGCCGCGAAAGAGAAAUACAGCAAAAGCUGGAUGAAAAGGAAGAAAAUGCAGUAGAAAUAAAGGGAAAUUACUCAACUCUUCAACAAGAAGUGGACAGCAAAACUAAGAAACUGAAAAAGCUGUUUGCUAAGUUACAGACUACCCGCUCUGAAAUCGCUGACCUGCAAGAUGCGCAUAUUCGGGAAAGACAGGAACUAGAGCAGGCUCAAGAGGAUCUUACCAAGGAAAUGAAGCUAAAGUCUUUGAUAAUAGAGAACUUCAUUCCCCCAGACGAACGUGUCAAACUUACCAACAGAGCUGUUUAUGAUGAAGAGAACGAGGAGUGGAGGUUGAAACCGUCUUCUCAGAACGGCAGCCAACCAGCCAUGGCCAAACGACCAGUUUCAGCCGUGGGCAACAGACGACCUAUCACUGAAUAUGCUAAAAUGGCGGCGGCCAUGGGUGGCCACAUGCGAUACAAGGCCGAGAACAUUAUCAUGAUUGAGCUGGACAUGCCGAACAGGACAACCAGGGAAUAUGAAGGGCCUGCUGUGGCACCCAAGGUCCAAGCUGCUCUGGAUGCGGCUCUGCAGGAUGAGGAAGAUCUUACGCUCGAUGCUGAUAUUCUUCUCAGUAAAACUAAGGUGAGGUCAAAGAGAAGAGACAAGCACGAUCAUGGCGAGCGACCUAAAACUGGGCGCAGAAGUAGAGGCCCGCCAUCUACCAAUCAUCAGCAGGGUUCAUCGGACUCUGCGCAGUAUCCAACUGCCAGAGGCUUGGUUGCUCAACAGAAAAGAGUGUUACCUCAGUAAACCAAGUGGAUAUUCAAAAUUUUCUUUAUGAUGGUGGCCCCAUCAUACAAAUUAUAUCAUAAGUAUCAUCGAAUCAUUUCCUGUUUCUUACUUCUACUUGGAGUUCAGUUUCAAGUCAUUUUUGCUGUAUUUUUCUAACGCUGUUGUCUUCAUCCUCAAUGAGUUAAUCCGACGAGGCGGGCAUCUGAUGCUGGCUUCCGUAGGGGGCCCUCCCCUCCUCUAUAAGAGAUUCCUUCCCUAUUUCCGUCACCGAUUCAGUCGUCCAGACUAGUUGUGAAUUUCUGUAGGCUAUACCUCAAACGAUGUUUGUUCAAAUGGGUGAAUAUUAUCUGUAAACCCAGUCUUCGAGCAGGCCCUUUAUUAUUAGCGCUGCAAGACGCGUGGUUCUCCGCUCCGGGAGAGCCCCGGGAAGGUAUAAAACUAGUCAGGGAGAGAUUUAUCGGGGGUGUAGAACUAAUAUCAGUUCCAGACCCUUAGCGGACCUGUCGCCGACUCGGGUUUCUCGAGGCCUCAUAAUUUCCUGCGGAUGAAGAAACUUUCAUGCUUACUGUAAACUUUGCAGUAACUUUGUUCACGAAAACAAUUUUCCAAUUUUUUUUUGUCGCAAAUGCGUAAACAAAACCUUAGUUUAGUGUCGAAAUAAUUUGGAUAUGUCAACAAAGUUGAAAUGGUAAAUUGGCCACCGUAACGAUUUCAACUUUGUUGAUAUAU